AUGCUGCAAUACCUGAAGGACACCCUGUUCGACAUACACAAUGACACGAGGCAUGGUCCAAACUUGGGCCAUGUGGUGUCCAAGCUAGCAGAGUACUUUGGGGUUGAGACCGACGAACCUCCAAUCAGUGCCAAACCGAUUUCACGGAAGGACCUCUGGCACGCCGGCUACCUGAUUAACCCAUACACUCCGAAGCCCGUCACCAAGCGGGCCAGCUACAAGGCCUAUUGCGAGGAAAUGGGUAUACCAUUUCCGGAUGACGAGUCCCAACCGGAAGCCAGUAUGUCAGCUGGUCCAGCCAACGAGAACCCUAAUGAUGAGGAUGAGGACGAGCUCGACGCCAACAGACAUCCCACCCACGAGACCAUUCAGUCCCCUCCAUUGAUAGACGCGCACAUGGGUGCGUCGUCCCAGUCAGCUGCUCUGGCUUGGUUCUCCGAGUAUGAGGCUCGGAAUGAGGCCCGUUGGACGACUUUCACUCAACUUCACGCCCGGCCCGUUCUAGCUCCACGUUAUAUCGACUGGGAGUACUUCAACGACGAGCUCAAGAUCGGUGACGAUAUUCUUCGCUACAUCAGGUUGCUCGAUCUCGAGGAAUUCGAGGAUACGAAGGCGUAUGCUUACCAGUAUUUGACUUUGGAGUUCUUCAGCAGAGUCGCCAAGCACGAAAAUGGGAAGUACCUCACGGCUCCACUUAAGGGCACGGAAUAUAAAAUCACCGACAAGGUGUUGUGCGACAUCUACAACUUCGAUCCCUCCAUCGAGUCACGCCACAGCCCCAUGGGAUUCAAGGUUGAUCCGCACUGGGCGUUCAUCUUUCCGUGCGAGACAUACAAGAAAUCGGGGCCGUCUUCGGGUCAAAUCAGCGACUUGGCUCAUCUGGUGAUCCACAAGUACAUAUCUCAGAUGAUCUUCGGCAAGAAGGAGUCGAACAAGGACACCCUGUUUGACAUACGCAACGACACGAGGCGUGGUCCAAACAUGAGUCAUGUGGUGUCCAAGCUAGCAGAGUACUUUGGGGUUGAGACCGACGAACCUCCAAUCCGUGCCAAAACGAUUUCACGGAAGGACCUCUGGCACGCCGAUUACCUGAUCAACCCACACACUCCGAAGCCCGUCACCAAGCAGGCCAGCUACAAGACCUAUUGCGAGAAAAUGGGUAUACCAUUUCCAGACGACGAGUCCCAACCGGAAGCCGGUACGUCAGACGGUCCAGCCGACGAGAACCCUAAUGAUGAGGAUGAGGACGAGCUUGACGCCAACAGACAUCCCACCCACGAGACCAUUCAACCCCCUCCAUUGAUAAACGCGCACACGGGUGCGUCGUCCCAGUCAGCUGCUCCGGUUUGGUUCUUCAAGUAUGAGGCUCGGGACGCGCACAACGCGUGUUGGACGUCGUUCGUGGAGUCCAACGAUGCACGAUGGACGGAGCAGACCAAGAGGAAGGAGCGGUCGGGGUGGAGAAAAAGCACUCUUCUGAACUCGAUCACUCAAAGAGCAGUUAGGCCGAAAGAUCUACGUUGGCUUUUUUAG